AUGACAAUUUUCGACGACAUCACCGACGUCAAAAAAUUAGCGGAAGCUGAAGCGGCCGGGGACGUGAAUGCCCACGGCCAGCUGCUAGCCGCGAUCCGCAAGCUUCAGUUAACGGCCGAGAAACCGGUGGAGACGACAUCUCGGGUCAAUUUUCAGGCAUGUUUUCAAUCAACCCCUCAAUUCCUGGACAGUUAG